UUGCAAAAAAUCAGCGAAGGAGAAAAUCGAAGUUGUGACUUAUUAGUUGUCACUUAACCAAAAUUGUGUGAAAAUUACAAAAGGGAAAAGUUUUACUUUAUAACAGAUACCAUUAGCAAAGCAGUCUGUUUUCUUUGAUCCGGUUUCCUGGAGAAUGCUGCCGAUAAAGCGAGUAGUCUGCGGUGUUUCUGGAGGUGUCGACAGCUGCAUAUCGGCUCUGAUACUGAAAAGGAAAGGAUUCGAUGUUAUCGGAGCUUUCAUGCGUAACUGGGAUUCGAAAGACGAAUCAGGACAGUGUACGCUGGACAAGGACUGCGAGGACGCCGAGAACAUCUGCCGCAGGCUGGAGAUCCCGUUCCAUGAAGUCAACUUUGUGAAAGAAUACUGGAAUGAUGUGUUUACACCGCUGUUGCACGACUAUCAGAGCGGCUUGACGCCGAAUCCGGAUAUUUUAUGCAAUCGGCAUGUGAAAUUCAAAUGCUUUUUGAAUUAUGCCAGAGAAAAGCAUGGUGCUGAUGCAAUCGCUACGGGACAUUAUGCACAAACGUCCGCUGGACCGUUCCUUGAGGAAAUGAUCCCUGGAAAACCGGUGAAAUUGUUCAAAGGAAACGACCCUAUUAAAGAUCAGACACUUUUCCUCUCGCAAAUAUCUCAAGAUGCCAUACGGCAUACGAUGUUUCCAGUUGGAGGAAUGCUGAAAAAACAUGUAAAAAAUCUUGCGAUCAAAACUGGCUUCAAAGACGUUGCAAAGAAAAGAGAAAGUACCGGUAUCUGUUUCAUCGGUAAGCGGAAUUUUGCGGACUUCAUGCGAGAAUAUUCGCAUCCUACACCUGGACGAUUCAUUGAUGUUGAUUCGGGAGAAGUCGUCGGUCGACACGAUGGGGUGCAGUUUUUUACUAUCGGACAAAGGGCUUUAAUAGGAGGACGCAGUGGGGCUUACUAUAUUGCUCACAAAAAUAGCAAAACGAACGAUAUGUUUGUGGCUUUGAAUCAUGAUAAUCCUGCUCUGUUCAGCAAGACAUGCAGUGUCAGUGAUAUGCAUUGGAUAUCUGGUUCCCCGCCGCCUUCGCGUGAAAUGGAAUGCGAUUUUCGUUUUCAACAUGCAAAUCCUGUUGUGCCCUGUAAGAUCGCAGUUCAAGACAAUCCCGCUUGUGUCUCCGUUACAUUAAGACACAGAUUAUACGCGCUAACCUUGGGUCAGUACGCGGUAUUUUAUAACGGAAACGAAUGCAUUGGCAGUGGACGGAUCACUUCUACGGCAGUCUCGGAAGCACUGGAUGAAAAAUUUAAGAAAAUCUCUUCCUUGACGUACGGUUUUUUGUCAACAGAAAAGAACCGCGCAUCUGUGUGAUAAUACUUUGACUGUUUGAUGCUAAUAUUUCGAAUUUAACCAGGCCAUAUGCGUAUCGAAGCUGAUUUGUACAACUGUACUUAUCUUUCUCUACGAGUAACUGACUUGAAAAAAGUUGUUUCCGGGCGAAGAAACUGUCCGUCGCAACAAUAAUUAAAAAAUAAAAAACAAUACUGAAAUACAAAACAACGGUAUAUC